CCGUGGUCAAUGGUGGAGUAGGUUCGUCUGGAACCUCGCCGACGCCGGGGCCCAUGUGGAGCAAGCACGACUCGUGGGCAAGAUGCGCAAGUUUCUCGGCGCACUGGUGCACUUUUCGCAGGAGCUGGGCCAGCCGGAAGUGUGCGAGCGGGUGCGGGCUCUGGUCCUGUCGCUGUGCUGCGGCACCAUCUCGCUGGAGGAGUUCCGCCUGGCCCUACAGGAGGCCAUUAACCUUCCCCUGCGACCCUACGUGAUGCCGUUGCUAAAGAACAGCGUAACCCUGAUGCAGCGCGAGGUCCUGGCUCUGGCCAGGGCCACCAACCAGUCCGCCCUCCAGUACGUGACCAACAACGAGCAGGCGGUGAUGGAGUUAGGGGCCGAAUUCGGCGACAUCUUCGUCCAGCUGGAGGCGCCCACAUCCAACGGGGCCGGCGGCAGUGCCAGUGGCGUCUUCAAGCGGCGAUCCUCGGACUCCAUGAUGGAGCACGGCGGCCACAGCGGACUGCAUGAGUGGAGCGAGUAUAUGGCCAGCGGCGGGGGUGUGUCCGCCUGCGGGUACCCCCCACCGCCCAACAAGCGGAUGACCCUGCAUCCCGCGCACUCGGUCAUGGCCUACGGCGACUACACUGUGGCGGUUGCUGAGGGUCUCCCCACGGCGGCUGGUUUCAUGCAGCGCGAUGAGAGGGAGCUGCGGCAUCCGGCUCCUCCCCUGAGGCCUGCCAAUCCCAAUCCCAAUCCGAACCCGAACCCACAAUCCAACCCCAAUCCGAACCCGAAUCCUGCCUCAGGCGGAGGCGCUGCUGGUGGCGAAGAGGAGUGGAAGAACAUCCACACAAUGCUCAACUGCAUCUCGGCCAUGGUGGACAAGACGAAGCGCGCCAUCACGAUCCUCCAGCAGCGGGGCAUCGAGCCGCAGCAUCCCAACAGCGGCCAGGAGAUAACGCCAGCGGCUCUCGCCGAACUGCGCCGCCAGACAGAGGAGAAAGUCUCCGAGUUCAAGCGGAAUGCCGAGGACGCAGUCACCCAGGUGAAGCGGCAGGCGGUAAUCGAGAUCCAGCGGGCGGUGGUGGCUGCCGAAACGCGGGCCGCCGAGAUCAUGACACAGGAGAGGCUCCGCAUGGAGAAGUUCUUCAUGGAAAUGAGUCGCCACUCGAGCGGCGAGCGAGAUCUGGACAACAAGUCGCCAUCCAUCACCACGGCACAGAAUAACGGGACUCUGCAGCAGCAGUGCUGGAACUGCGGCCGCAAGGCCACCGAAACCUGCUCGGGCUGCAACAUGGCUCGCUACUGCAGCGCCUCGUGCCAAUACAGAGACUGGGAUAGCCAUCACCAGGUUUGUGGCAACACCAGGGCCAGCGAAAUGAGUGCCAAGCAUCUGCACCCCGCCGGCACCAUCCGCACUGCGAUGGCCACUCGAUCCCCACCCACGCCCACCCCUUCAGCCCAUCUCCAGGCGGCGGCAGCGGCAGCAGCAGCGGCAGCAGCAGCGGCGGCGGGUACCCGUGAGGCGAUUGUUGCGGUCAGUGGUGGGGCAGGGGGUGGUGGUGUCGCAGGCGGCGGAGGAUCGGGCGGGGGGAACACGGGAGCUACCGCGGUGGCCGCUGCCACGCCCAGCGCCUUGGUGGCCAAUGGGUUGGGCUCCAAAUGACGCAUUCGCAUGAUGAAACCCAAGAAGAAGUACUUGUGCUAGUCAAAUUAAAGGGGUGCGAGGUGUAUACUACAUAUACACAUACACACAAACACACACACACACACACACACACACACUUACAUCAGCUACUAUAAACAUAAUCCAAAAAGCAAGAAGAAUAAUUCGUCAGCAAAUAGAUUUCUAAACUCAAUUAAAGAUACACGGAGUAGGAGGACGCUUCAGCCGUAGAUACAGAUACCACAUACAUAUGUAGAUGUGCCCACAUUUAAAUGUUUUAUGCAGCCAACAAUUAGUGUAGGAGGGGUCUUAGGAUAUAGAGGGAAGAGUAACCCAGCCUCUAGAGGAAUUUAUAAAGGGCAUUCCACAUGGAAUCGAAAAGGGUAAUCAGUCUACAAGAAGAAUCUCCGGCACACUUCAGCUAAUGCACUUUUGGAAAUCGCAAACGGAAGAAAAAAACGUAAUAUUAUAGACCAUAUUAAAUGUUAUCCCACACUCAAGGCUCAACUCUCAAAGCAGUAAAAGAAAAAAGAAUAAAAAAAUACGAAAGUAUAGGUCUGUAAGUACAUAAGCAAACCGCAAACCCCAAAGCAAGUAAUGGAAAACAACUGAACAUAGUAGAUUUUAUUAUUAUUACAAUAAAGUAACAAUUAUUAUAUGGCUAA